ACCAAAUACGGUUGCGGCAAUGCCACAUAUCUUUGUGGAUUAAAAAAAGAAAACAGCUCUUUCUAUCAUUCAUUCAUUCCAAUUUCAAUGAAAUCAAACAAAGGAUUCUCGGAAACCAUAUGAUUAACAUAUUUCCUUUCCUUUCAUUGACUUUUCUAUUCCUUUCUCUUCAUCACCCUACAAUGGCGGAUCAAUCGCUUCACCAAACCCAACCAUUGAAGCAAAUCGCAAUCGACUACACUCCAGAAGCAUGUAACCACUGUCCUAUCUCCAACACCAUCGCCCUUACCUAUGACCACCGCGGCGGUGCACGGUGGCGAUCCACAACCCGUUUCCUAUACGGAACCUUCACCGCCAAAAUUCAAACUCCAAAAGGUAACACAGAUGGCCUCAACUUCAACUUCUACCUUUCCUCUCUCGAAGGUGAUAAAUUGCAAGAUGAGAUUGAUUUUGAGUUUCUCGGCAAAGAUAGCACCAUCAUUCAAACCAACUAUUACUCUAACGGUAAUGGAAACAAUGAAAAGAUUCACCAACUUGGUUUUGAUUCUUCUGAUGGGUUUCAUGAGUAUGGGAUCAAGUGGGGUGAUGGGUUGAUUGAGUGGUGGAUUGAUGGGAAGUUGUUGAGAAAGGAUGAGAGGAAAGAGGGUGAUAUGUUUCCUGAAAAGGCUAUGUAUUUGUAUGCUUCUAUUUGGGAUGCUAGUUGUAUCGCUGAGGGAGAGUGGACUGGGAAGUAUUGUGGAGCUGAUGUUCCUUAUGUUUGUCAUUAUAAAGAUAUUCAUGUUCCUUUGAAGAAUGCUGUCGAAUGAUCGUGUCUCUAGAUCUUGUACUUUUCUGUUUUUAUCUUCUGUUUUCAGACACAUAGUGUUCAUGAUAGGUGGUCCGCUAUGGAUUGGUACUUGAAAAAUCUCAAAAUAAUAGCAAAGAUUGACACUUCCCUUCAGAAGUAGAAGUUCAUGGUACUCUUUGUUCUCACAACUGAGACGAUAAUCUGGUUGAUACUGAUUUGACAAAAGGUAGAGAAAACGAAAUAUAAAUCGAGUUUUGAAGAAUUUAUAUCUAUUUACACUGUUAGGUCACUGUCUCAUAAACUUCAACUUGUGAAUACCAACAUCAGUUAUUAUUGGAGUUUCGAGCAAUUUUCAAAUACUGGAUCCCUUUAUACUGGUGAACCGCCAUACUAUAGAACUUGCCUUGUUUCAAGUGUUGUUCAAUUUGAGCAUUGUCAUUGUUUGUUGUACUUGUUUGCCACGUGAUUUAUGGGCAUUAACAUGUUAAUUGAUUGUUUGUAACUUGACAUGUAAGAGCAUCUAUCUCAUGAACAAUUUAGAAGCAACUGAUUUUGGGUUGUUUAGCCUAUAUGAAGUGGUUCUGAUUAUGCCACAUUAUAUUGUAAUUUUUGGGAUUUUUGAAAUGAUAUCGAAAGUGGAAUGAGUCUGCUUCUCUGUCUAAGCUGAA